CCAUGGGAGUGCAGCCUGGACACACGAAGGUCCCCCCCAUCCUCCUCCUCCUCCUCCUCCUCCUCAGCCACGCAGAGGAGUGGGGACCCCUGAAGACAUCGGGGGCUCCUGUGGGACCCAUAGGUGGGGUCCUGUACCCCUUUGGACCAGGAGUAGGGGAUGAGGCCACCCACCAUGAAGAUGAUGGGACGAGCCCUGAGAUCUUCCUACAGGAAAACUUCUCCUUCUUUGGACAUGUCCACCGCUCACUCUAUGUGAACAACAAUGGUGUGGUGUCCUUUGGGAUGAUGGUCCCAGAGUUCACCCCCCAGCCCUUCCCGCUGCCAGGCCACCGCCCCUUUGUGGCACCGUACUGGGCUGAUGUGGACACCCGUCUGGGAGGGAACGUCUUCUACCGGCAGAGCCGGGACCCCCAGCUCCUGGCACGCCUGGCCCAGGACCUUGCACCUGCUGUGUCACCUGGGGACCCACCCCCACAGCCUACCUGGGCAUUUGUGGCCACCUGGGACCAUGUGGCCUAUUUUGGAGCUGCCUCGGACAAGGUGAACACUUUCCAGGCUGUGCUGACCUCCGAUGGUGUCAACUGUUUUGUCCUGCUCAACUAUGAAGACUUGCAGUGGACAACUGGCAUUGCUAAUCAGGGGGAUCCCCACACUGGCCUGGGGGGCAUCCCUGCACAGGCUGGGUUCAACGCUGGGGACGAUGUCCACUACUACAAUGUCCCGGGGUCACGGACACCCACAGUGCAGAGCCUCAGCCACCGCAGCAACCUGGGAGUCCCAGGGCGCUGGGCUUUCCGUGUUGACCACUUUAAGGCCACUGAGGAACCCCCUGAGACCCCUGGCACCCUGCCAAAGGCAUCUGAGGCCCCCUGGAGUCCCUUGGCACCCCACAAGACCCCUUCAGUAUCCCCCAACCCCCCCAGGACCACAGAGGAGCAGGUGUAUGUCUGUGGGUUGUGAGCAGGUGACAUCUGGGACAUUUGAGGUGGGGGGGGGUUGCCUAACAGCCCUCAGCCCACCCCCACAGAAGGAUUUUCCCCCACAGAGGCUGCAUUUCAUGAUGGAAAUAGCAAUAAACAUCUGU